AUGCCAGAGGAAGAUAAACCGAAAGCAAAUAAAUUCGGUCGGUGCAUUGAAGAGGUUAAUAAUGCAGUGAGGGCUGCCUACUCUUUGCGCAGAAGUCUAAAGAGCAUGGAGGAGUUUGUGGCAAAGAUGGAGGCCUACGAAUUCUCUGAGUCAUGCAGCAGAACUAUCAAAAGUCUGAAGGCCAAAGAGAGGAACUGGUUGUUCCACUUCUCAGAAAAGAACAUUGGAGAGAAACUCAGCGCCUCAAAGAGUGCCUUGGAGCUGGCCGCUGCAGAGAAGACUUUCUGCACGGCUCUUUGCGGGCUUGUCUCCUUUCUGCGUCCUGUUGGCGCAAAUGGAGCGCCAUACAAGAUAGUUGAGGCGGACAACCGCCUAUUUAUAAAGCCCUACAAGGACAGCAGCAAGCAUGAAAUUUCGCUUGCCUCCUAUGCGAAGAAAGGCCUCGCCCCCAAAGAGCAGCCUUCUGAUGCAGCCCAGGAUAAAGCCGAGCCUGCACAGAAACGCAUAUCCUUUAAGCUAGCCCCAGAGCAGAGUACAGCCUCUAAGAACUACAGUGUGCAUGGUCUCUCGGUUCCCGAGGAGGGCAGGAUUGAGGUAACCAUUGAGGAGCUUGAGUCCGAUGUUGGCAGAUGCAGCACGUGCACUUACACUUUGCUUGUUUUUUUGGUCGGCCUAGUUGUUGGAGUGUCACUUUUUUCGACUUUUUUAAUGCUCUUAUACUUUGACAAGAACGGGAUUGGAAUUGACUACAUAAAGGAGAUAUUCUUUGCGCGCUCGUGA